GCGUCCCGUGCCUGGCAGUGGCUCGGAUCGAGCAGAAGAGCGACACCGCAGGGAAGCUAACCGGAACCGGAGCGUCACUUUCAAUAGACCAAUUGGGUGCGGUACUGCAGUGGAGCCGGCGGUACGGUUCUGCGCUAACCCGAACAGGAGCGUCGCUUUUACUAUAGAAUGGAAAAGCUGCGUUUUGUCAACGAAUACUUCGAGUCUACUGGCUGAAUUCUUCUUCUACCAUGUUUCCAUGAAGAUGAGUCUGAUUUCCUAUCUCCUAAGUCCGUCCGGCGACCCCCCACCGGGCAUUGCGGCUAGAGUAUAUAAACCUGCCUGCCAGCUGAAUUCUAGAGAUUGGUGAUAAUAUUAAACUGACAUUGUCCUGAUACUCGAGAAUACGUGCCUCAAGCUUCUGUCUAAUCACUCAAUUUUGUUGAGUGUCCCAGUCUUCUCAAUGUCAAGCAGAUUUCAACGCAGUGUCCUCAUCACAGGUGGAACUGCCGGCCUGGGCUACCACUGUGCUCUUAAUGUUGCUCGCAAACACCCUGAAUAUCAAAUUGUCAUUGCCUCACGGUUCGAUUCUAAUGCCUCAGCUGCCACUGCAAACAAGCUUCUCGGCCACGAAAACGUCAAGUUUCUUCGUCUGGACCUGUCCAGCCUCGGCAAUGUUCGCUCGUUUGCACAAGACUGGGAAGAGUCUAAAUUCCCACUAAUACGCGCACUGGUAUUAAAUGCAGCAUUACAGCUUCCCGGUGAUGUCCAGUAUACUGAGGAUGGCUAUGAAAAAACGUUUGCCAUCAGCCACCUGGGACAUGCAUUACUGCUCUGCCUUCUGCAGCCCCAUUUGGCGGAUACCGCCCGCGUGGUUAUUGUCUCAAGUGGAACACACGACCCGGCUCAGAAGUCAGGCAUGCCCGAUGCCAAAUAUCAUUCCGCCGAAGAGCUAGCUCACCCAACCGCGGAUUCGGCCAAGAAUGCAGGUCGGCAGCGGUACACUAGCACAAAACUAGCCAACGUACUGUAUACAUACUCUUUGCACAGGCGAUUCGCCUCCAUCAACGAGAAGACGACGAAGCAUUGGACAGUGAAUGCAUUCGAUCCUGGCCUCAUGCCUGGAACAGGACUCGCAAGAGAUGCUAAUCUUUUUGAGAGAUUCCUGUGGCACCGAAUUCUGCCUAAAGCACUCCCUCUAUUACGCUUGAUGUUGUCGCCCAAUAUCCACUCUCCAGAAGACUCUGGCGAGGCUUUGGCAUGGCUAACAAUUGGCCCCGAGCUUGAGAGUAAAAGCGGUCUCUAUUAUGAGGGAAAGGCACAAAUAAAGACUAGCAAAGCUAGUUAUGAUCGUAUCAAGCAGGAAGAUUUGUGGGAGUGGACGGUCAGUACCUUAGCUAGGAACGAGGAGGAGAGAAAGGCAUUUUGUUUCAGCGAUGUUCUUUAAAAGGUGCCGCGCUUUGUGACCCAGUGUUGUAACUCAUUCUAUUUCUUUGUGAAAUUUUUCGUCUCUCUCAGCUGCGUUCAUUGGUUUAUACGUGUGCAAUUGAUCUCUUAAUAAAUAUACAAGUUCUCUUCUGGUUGUAUGUUGAGC